UAGGAAGAUGCUAUUCGAACUUACUUUUUCGACUCAGCUUGCACUCAUUUGCAGACAUGCUGUUCUUAGCUGUUAUCUUCGUGAUUGGCGUUUUUGCGCAACAGACGUUCGCUGACGCACCCGAAGCGAUCGUCGGCGGUGAGCGUGCCACGCCGGGCGAAUUCCCGUGGCAAUGUUCCUUGAGAUAUAACGGGCAGCAUAUUUGCGGUUGUUCUAUCAUUGGCCCCAAACAAAUUUUAACUGCCGCUCAUUGUGUGGAGGAUAUUUGUGAUCCACCCAACAAAUGCACGAUUGGUACUGGAAUGAUUAAUGUUUACAAGGGACAAUCUCAUGAAAUACACAAUGUUACUAUACAUCCCAGAUAUGAUGGUAGACGAGAAGUAUCUUGGGUGAAUGACAUCGCUGUGAUCAUCCUCAAGAAUGCGAUAAAGUUUAGCAAUGUUCAACGUCCUAUUAAAUUGACCGACAAGCGACCAACCCCAGGCACGGUGUGCACAUUGUCAGGAUGGGGUCGUACAAAAGAAGGUGGACCUUCUUCAAGAGAACUUCUCAAGAUGAAGCAGACCGUAGUCAGUCAGGACAAGUGCAGAAAAGCACUCUAUGGACAGCCAAUUAAUAAGAGCCACUUGUGUACGUUGAAUAGAGCUGGAGUCGGCGUUUGCCAAGGUGACAGCGGCGGUCCACUUAUCUGCAACGACAAACAGUGCGGUAUUACUUCCUGGGCUGCUGGUUGCGCUCGUGGUAUGCCUGAUGUUUACACUAGUGUAUAUGAUCAUCGGGACUUUAUUGAGAAGUGUGCGCCAGCUGUAUAAAGAUCUCGGCACUAUAUGAACGGUAUAAAGAUCUCGGUACUAUAUAAACGGCACUAUAUAUAUAUAUAAAGCUUAAAAAUUUUCGAUAAAUUAUGUUGACUCAUCAAACGCGACAUCAGUUGCGUUUUUAAACUGAGAGAAACUUUGUUACAUUUUACAUGUAAUACAAUAAAUAAUAAACGCUUUUAAGUCUAUCAUAA